AACACAGCAACACCACCAAUCAACCAAUUAUUCCCUUUCAAAUCUCCAUUUUCUCUCUCCCAUCUCUACACAAUAACACCCAAACCCCAUUUGUGUUCUUCCUUUCCACCAUAACCUCCAUCGGGAAAUCUUCAAUUUGUUUAUAUUCCGGCAAUGGUUUCCCCGGAAAACACCAAUUGGAUCUACGAAUACGGAUUGAUUGAUGAUAUUGCUGUACCUGAUGCUAAUUACACCCUUCCUGUUUCUGGAUUCAGUUGGCCAAUUCAAGCGACCUUAAACGGUUCCUCAUCAAACCCUAGUUUGGAUCUUGAUGGCUCAACUGUGGAUUCAGACAGCCAUAAUGACUCCAGAUCCAAAAAACGGGGAAGAUCUGAAUCUUGCAGUGGUACAAGUAGCAAAGCAUGUCGAGAGAAAUUGAGAAGAGAUAAACUUAAUGACAAGUUUCUUGAAUUGGCUUCAAUUCUGGAACCCGGAAGACCACCUAAAAUAGAUAAAGCUGCAAUUUUAGUUGAUGCUGUUCGAACAGUCACUCAAUUACGAAAAGAAGCACAGAAGUUGAAAGAUUCUAGUUCUGAUCUUCAAGAGAAAAUCAAAGAGCUCAAGACUGAAAAGAACGAGCUUCGUGAUGAGAAGCAGAGGUUGAAGAUAGAGAAAGAGAAGCUUGAGCAACAACUAGACACCAUGAACGCACAACCAAGCUUCAUGCCAAUGGCUCAUCAUCAUCCACCUGCAAUCCCUGCUGCUGCAUAUGGAGCCAAUAAGUUGGUUCCCAUGAUUAGUUACCCAGGCAUGGCGAUGUGGCAAUUCAUGCCGCCUGCUGCUGUUGACACCUCACAAGAUCAUGUCCUCCACCCUCCGGUGGCCUAAUUCCGGCGAUCAUUACAUGUAUGUUCAGGCAGGUUGUCAUUGAUCUAUGACACUGUAUUAGGUUUCUGUUUGUAUAACUACGAUCAAACACACUAUUAUUAUAAUUUAACCGUUUAUGUGUGUGAUUUGUGUUCA